AUGACUUGUAAUAAUGAUAAUAAUAAUAAGUUAAUAAUUUUAAUCAUGGGUGUUAGUGGAAGUGGUAAAACAACAAUAGGUAAAGGAAUUGCAGAGAAAUUAAAUUGUGGGUUUAAUGAUGCAGAUGAAUUUCACAGCGAAGCAAACAUCAAUAAAAUGAAAUCUGGCAUACCUUUGAAUGAUGAUGAUAGAAAACCAUGGUUAGAAGCAAUCAACAAAAGAAUGACAGAAUUUUUAAAUAAUAGUACCAGCAUUACACACAAUCAUGUUUUUACAUGCUCAGCACUAAAAUCAAUCUAUAGAGAAAUCAUAUCAAAUAGCAUACCAAAAGAUAAAAUACUAUUUAUAUUUUUAAAAGGUGACAAGGAGAUUUUGGGCGAAAGAUUAAACUCUAGACAAGGUCAUUUCUUUAACCCUGCUUUAUUGGAUAGUCAAUUAGAGGCAUUACAAGAACCAAACGAUCAAGAUUUGAAAACCAAUCAUUUCUUAACAAUUAAUAUAAGAAGUUCAGUUGAUGAAAUUAUAAAUAAUAUUUUAAAAUUUAUAAAAGAUCAAUUUAACCAAUAA